AUGCAUUACAGACAACCAGCACUUGGGCGAUUACCACUUCAUUUACAAGGACAAAACACCAUAAUAUUUGACGAAUUAAGGCGAGCUGAAAGCAAACUGAACAGACCAGAUAUUGAAAAAACAAAAUUUACUGAAUGGUUUAAAGCAAACAAAGAGUACCCUGAUGCAAGAGAUCUAACAUAUUAUGACUUUCCUACGCUGACUGCUCAUUCACGAUUCUAUAUUCCGCUUGACGUCACACCCGAGUCGAGAUGUGACAUAAAACAAGGAAUCCAAUUAGAGGAUCUACUAAAGAAAACAUGUUUGAUAAUUUGGGAUGAAGCUCCAAUGGAAAACAAGUAUUGUUUUGAAGCCUUAGACAAGAGCUUGAGGGGCAUUAAUCUAGAUAGGUAUGAAAAUAGUUGUGACAGCCCUUUUGGGGGACUAAUAACCGUGUAUGGUGGUGAUUUCAGACAAAUCCUGCCGGUAAUUCCAAAAGGAACACGAGAUCAUAUUGUUGAUGCACCACUAUAUAGUUCAAACCUGUGGCCCUACUUUUCAAUUUAUGAACUGAAGGAAAAUAUGCGACUUAAUUGUGGCAGAGUGAUGGGUUCUGAAGCUGAAAGAUUUGCAACUAUUGAUAAAUGGUUAUUGCAGAUUGGAGAUGGAUCAGUUUAUGAUGAUAAAAAGAUGGAACUCAUGAACCUCUCGCUUGAUAUAUCCAUUGCACCAUCACACAAUCAAGUGGAAUCAAUUGUAGAUGCAGUAGAUCCAUCCCUAUUACAGAAGUACAACGACCUGACAUACUUGAAAGAAAGAGCCAUACUAACACCAAAAAUGAAAUGGUUCAUGAUUUAA